AUGUGGCUGACGUUCAACCAUGGCUCCUACUUCAUCACCCCCAAGAUAGCCGCCGGUCGCCUGUGCCCCCUCCUGCUCGAAGACCCGCAGGCCUCCUUCUCUCUCUCCUUUCACAUCGCCAUCGACAAACCCCCCCAGCCGGGCGAUAUGUACACCCUUUUCCAACACGAGAGCGGCGUCCGCUUCGGCUUCAUGACCGCCUAUGACCACGACGGCGACCCCGACCCCGAUCAGGUGUUCAUCGGCUUUUUGCCGGCCGAGGGCAUCCACAAACACACACCCAGAAGGUACAAGCAGCCGGCCGAGAAUGCGACGAAGGGAAUUGACACAGAGGCUCUUGAAGAGGAGGACAAAAAGAGGGCGGCCAAGGAGAGUGAGUCUGGGGCCGCAGAAGGAGAGGUGUCGCUGCUGCAGCAGCUGUGGCACCAGGAACCGACCCCCACCGACGACAGCAACAACAACAACAAGACGGACGCUGAGAAGGCUGCAGAGGAAGAGCAAGCCACUGUCGAGGCCGAGGAGAUCAUCAAGCUGCCGCCGACGGGCUACCAGCGGCCCGAGAGCAUGAUCCCCAUCUGCUGGCGGCAGGCAGAGGGCAACAUCUACACACUGGCCGUGUCGGGGGGCACCUUCAGGCUCUACCGAAUGGGUUUCCCUCUGAUGGACCCCGCUCCCCUGCCGUACCUCACUGCCGACCUGCUGUCCCGGGCCGCCCCCAUCACACUGGGGUGCGACAUGCACGGCAGAAACUGCUUCAAGGGUCGGUGGGUCACGCGAGAAGAAAUCGGAUUCGAAUCCCCUCCCUGAUCGCAUUCAUGUUUGUGGUGGGAAGUUUGGUGGCCUGGCCGCUGUGGGGUGUGUGUGUGGUUACUUCAGGCAGCAUGCGGAUGUUUCAUUACAGCAACAUCGGCAACACUACAGCAGAAUCAAAUGAAGAUGCCGUCGUCAACUUCUUCGAUCUGCUCGGUCGGUCGGCGCUGCCCUGUGUGGCACCACAAGGAAGCAGGACAACGGCAGGCGUAUACAGAACACAGACAUUUGGUGUGUGUGUGUGUGUGCGUGAAUGCACUGCAGCCUUGUCUCAUCGUUGCGGCAAUGGUCAAGUGGACAACGGUGUGGAGGAGUGUGACGUACAGGCGGACCCUGACGGGUGCUCGUGCAGCUGCAGAAGUGUGUAGCAAUGCAUCCACACACACACACACACACACACAUCUGAUCUGUCCAUUUGCUGUCCUCCCGUCCUGUGUGUGCAGUGAAGUGCCCCCCCUACUUUGGCCUGUUGCAGCAGCAAAAUGUCGAGAAGCGGUGGCUGGCCUCCCUGCCAGACAUCGUUGGGGCGCCCAUCUCUGAAAAGUACCUGCACCGCGGCUUCGACCACAACAACAGGGUGUCACUGUACUGCAAGAACGAGCGGACCCUGAACAUCCAGGGCACACCAGGGCCCGACAUAGUGACCUACCACGGCGACCUCCCCAAUGGGAUGGACAUGGUCCUGUGCGGCCACCAGCGCUCGGGCAACUGGACCCCACCCACCAUGGACUGCUGGCGUAAGCAAGCAGAAAUUGAUGUGAUGGCUGCAAGUCACUCGUCUGUCUUGAUGCAUCUCUACGUGUGUGGCUGUCUCAUUCACUCAUUCGGCAGAGGAUUGCGAUCCGACACAGGAGUCAUGGUGGAAUGACACCAAUGUUGCGGGCGGCAGCAAGCUGCAUCUGGUGGUGCCCCCGCGGCCCACGCGCAUCCGGUCUGGCGAAAUCAUUCGGAUGGAGUGCGCCCCCCACAACCCGGUUCCCAAGGGCAUGGACACGUACGAGGUGCUCUUCUGCAACGACGGAUUCAUCGACCCACUCGGCCUGCCUUGCAAAAGUAAGUCAAGUCAGUGUAUAACACACAGAAGACACAAAGCGACACACACAAGUACACUGCCGGCCGACCGAUACGUUGUCUGUCUGCCACAUAGGCACGUGCCCGCGAGACAUCCUGAUGCCGCCCUUCUACAAGCGUCCAGUGCUCGAGCGCAAGUAUGUGGUUGAGGGUGAGGGCUACCAGGACCGGGCCAGGCGCAUUGUGACGUGCAAGGACGGCUACGCUGCCGCCAAGGGCUCGCCAUUCGAGAAGGGCGUGCAGGAGAGCGAGUGCAUCGACGCAACUGGCAGAAGCUCCUGCUCGAAUGCAGAGGUACCUCGACACCGCGGGGACGGACCCCUGUACGUAUGUGAUGUGCGUGCAGGUAUGUGUCCGCCGUUCCACAUUCCCAGCGCGAUAG